AUGGUGGAAUCUCUCGUGCAUACAACCGAACAAAUAGUGUCUGAUUCUGAAUUUGAAGAUGAAUUUAGAAGAAUUCAGAGUAAGCAUUAUAGCGAACAUAAAGGUCUUGAGAGUAAACAUGAUGGUGACCGUGAAAAACUUAAGCAAGAACAUGAUAAUGAAUUUAAACAACUUAAAGAUAAACAAUAUCUGGAACUUGGAAAAUUUGCCAGUAAUUCUUUGCAUCAUCGUCAAAAUAGAAAGCAUUCUAAAAAACAGAAGGAGUUUCGCAAUGAACAAUACCAGGAACUUAGGAGAUUUGCCAGUAAUCCUUCGCAUAAUCGUCAAAGUAGAAAGCGUCCUAGAAAACAAGAACUCAAAGAAUUUACCAGUAAUUCUUUGGGCCGUCAAAAUAGACAAAAUUCCAGAGAACAAGAUACAAAAAUAUCCGUACCUUCUUGCUCAAAUACUUAUCCUACUCCCUCUAGCUCCUCAGCAGAACAACAGGAUAUGAACUUAUUUCAAACUACUAAUCAAUCUAGUAAUCAACCCAAUCAGUACUCAUAUAAUAAUUGCUUAAUCACUCCUUCUGGCCCUUCAAAAAAACCAACUGUUGAACAACCGAAUCAAUACCUAUCUUGCCAUAAUUCUUCUGAAACUAACCCUAACUUGAUAAAAUGGCCCUUCUCCGGUUUUAGCGUUAAUGCUUGUACAUUCAGUAACCUAAGUACAUAUCAUACUCCUUCCGGCCCCUCAGUAGAACAACAGGAUAUAGAUCUAUUUAUAACCGCUAAUCAACCUAGUAAUCAACCCAAUCAGUACUUAUACAAUCCUUACUUAAGCACUCCUUCCGACCCUUCGAGAGAACCAACUACUGAACAGCAGAGACAGUACUUACCUUACCAUAGUUCUUCCGAAACUAACCCCAACUUUGAAGGAUGGCUCUUCGCUGGUCUUAGCACUAAUGAUUGUGUAUUCGGUACCUUACAUUAUCCAAGAACAUAUCUUAUUCCUUCCGGCACCUCAGCAGAACAACAGGAUAUAAAUCCAUUUUCAACCACUAACCAACCUAGUAACAAUACUUGCUUAAGCACUCCUUCUGGUCCUUCGAGAAAACCAACUAAUGAACAACCGAGUCAGCACUUACCUUACCAUAGUUCUUCCGAAACUAACCCUAACUUGGAAAGAUGGUCCUUCGUUAGGUUUAACACUAAUAAUUGUACAUUUGGUAUCACAUAUUAUCUCAAUGCUACAUAA